AUAUAGGCUACGAUAAUGUGAUAUUUUCAUUUUGUGACGAUUCAUCAACCUUUGCUGUAGCAGGGAAAACAAAAAACGUGUAUUUUCGUUGUGAAGAGUGUGAAGAGUAACGAAACUUAAGUUAAACUUAAGAAAAAAUACAGGUACAACAGCCAGGAUGGCUGCCCAGAAAAACGCUGAGGAUUAUAUCUGUUACUCCGGCUUUUUUUUCUGCCUGUUCAAUCCUGGAUGGCUGAUUCAUCUGUUUACUUGUAUCUUCAUUGUUCUAUUUAUAAUUGGAUGUACGGGAAAUGUCGCUGUUAUUUUUCUUAUUCGUCGAUGUAGACAGUUACGAGGUGCACCCGUCAUUCUUUUAGUAAACCUUGCAGUAGCCGAUAUUUUAGUUUGUCUAACGUAUUUCCCAUUAUAUAUAUAUCUUAUUCUAACACAGUCGGGAGAGGAUUUUAUUCAUAAUAGCGCCUGUAAAGUUACAUUAUUCUUGGAAUUCCAGUCACAAUUAUGUUCAGCCUUGACAAUCGCAUCUAUUAAUUUUGAGAGAUGUUUCGUUUUGAAAUACCCACUCAGAGUUCGCACUGUCAUCACUUUCAAAAGAAAACUAUUAGUUACAGCCGGUAUCUGGGUGAUUUCAAUCUUGUGUUCAAUUCAUGUUCUUUAUUUUAUAAAAUCGCUUGUGUGGAAAGAUGUAAAUGACGAGUUUGACAUGUGGCAACCUACAACACAAUUUAUAAUUCCGGCAGUCAUCGUUGCAGUAUCUUGCGUCAUUACAGUUGUAACACUUAUUAAAAGAAUACACAGUAAUCGUUUACAAGAGUCCAAUCAAAGUAACGUGUCCACAGGAAAUUCUCUCAGAAAUCCAAAAAAGGCUCUAAAAACGGUGAUCAUCGUGGCUGUUGGCUUUCUGUGCAUGACGUCACCGAGUGCAAUUUUUCGUUUUUGGAUUAUGAACAAAAAUGGAUGGUACUAUUCUUCCGCGACACCCUGGUUCUUUUUGGCUAAUCUACUUAGAGUAUCUAAUAGCUGCGUUAAUCCAUUUAUUUAUGCACUCAUGUCCAGUAGUUUUCGAUCGGCCAUCAAAUCAACAUUUUGCUGUAAAACAGAUUCGACAAACAGGCAAAAUUUAAAUUUUAACUCUAGAAGUAGACCGUUGCAAAACAGAGUUUAGAAACAAUGAUAAACUGGGCCAAGAGUAAUCUUCAUUAAAUAAGGCUGCAUUCACAUCGGAUCCCAAACCAAAAUUCGGACCAGGUUUUGGAUGCACUACGCCAGCGUCCCUACUCUUGUGACAGAGUGAUACAGUAAUUUAUAUAUAUACACAAAGGUCUUAGCAUCAUAUUUUUAUAAUAUAUAAGUGUAUUUAAGGAAUUGAAGAUGUUUGCUGACAAAGGUUUAGUUAUUCAUUCAUUUGAAUAAAUAAAUUUUUUUUUUAAAUUAACUGAUGGUGUGUGUAUGGAUGAGAUAACGGGAUGAGAUACAUGGAUAGAUGGAUGCAUGCAUGAUGGCAUGCAUGAUGGAUAGAUAAAUGGAUGGCUUUGAAAGAUGGAUAUAUAAAUGGAUGGCUUGAUGGAAGGAAGAUCAAUGAUGGACGAAGGAAGCCUUAGGAAGGCAUACAAUAAAUCAAUUCAAAAGAACGGACAGAUGGACAAACGAACGAAUUCAAACGAACGACAAACGACCCAAUGAAUGAAGUCAACACAUUCACUUUCACUCUCUAAAAUUAUUCGAU